CCUCUACCAACAACGGGGACACAUCAGAAGAACCGAGUCACCGUGAAUUCAAUUCACAGCUCUUUUAUCGGGUGAGCGUGCCCCGGUGACAGUCCGUUCUCCCCGCGGUUAUGAGACUCCGCUGGUCCGGGGGCGUACUGCUGUCGGUGGCGGCUGCAUACUACGUCUAUACUCCGUUACCGAGUACCGUGAACGAGCCCUGGAAGCUCAUUCUGCUGGACGCGCUGUUCCGGAGUUUCAUACAUGCGGUAAGACUGACUGGUAAUGACUUGAAAAUAGAAUAAAAUAGAAUAGAACGUAUUAGUUAAGGCAGGUGUUUUGCUGUAAAUAGUAUUGAAUAGUGGAAUUAGUCAGUUCAUGACAUCAGUGCAGUGAACUGGUUAGCCUAUGGGUCCCAUCAGAUCAUACAGUCCACAGGACAGUCAAAUAACCUAUAGAACCUUGACAGUCCAUUGAGGGCACCAAUCAGGGGCGUCAUGCACCCCAAAAACCUGUGGGGGCACAAAGUAUGUGAGGAUGGCUGGGGUGUGGUUUUCAAACACCUGAAACAGCUUUUCCCUGCAAUCUAGAGCCAUAAUAAAUAUGCUUAAUUCUAUGUAAAAAAUCUGUCUAUUUAUAUAUUUAUGUAAUUUUACCCCAUUUUCUCUUCAAUUUUGUGAUAUCCAAUUGGUAGUUAAGACCUUGUCUCAUCACUGCAACUUCCCAACAGUCUUGGGAGAGGCGAAGAUCGAGACAUGUGUCCUCCGAAACAUGACCCUCCAAGCCUUGCUGCUUCUUAACACACUGCUCGCUUAAUCCGGAAGUUAGCCGCACCAAUGUUCGACCCUCCCCUAACCUGGACGGCGCUGGGCCAAUUGUGCGCCGCCCCAUGGGGCCCCAGGCUGUAGUGGUGAACCCCAGGCUGUAGUGGCACAUUAGCAUUGCGCUGCACCACUCGGGAGGCCAAUACAACUAUGUCUAUAUUUCUGCAUAUCUAAACAUACCUCUUGAGCUGUCUGUAUCCUCCUUACUGGUGGUUCUUUUUUUAAAGAAACAAAAUAUGCUUCUCUGCAUCUCUGCUAAUAUCUGGGUAAAACAUUGAAAGGAAUGUGUGUCUUAUUCAGUACAUUUAGUUAUUGCUUGCUUUUCGGAAGUCUACCAACCUUGCCAGCAGGCAUGCCAGCUAAGAUAGUUAGACAAGCUAGCUACUCUAACUUGAUUGAUAGCCUGAAAUGGCUUCUUGGUAGCUAGUUAUGAGGUUGGGAGAUUGGGAACCUAUCUGGGCUAGCUUAAGCCAACUUUAUAAAAUUGCUAAGUGGCUAGUAGUGUUACAGAGAAAAAAUAAAUACAAAUUAUAUAUAUAUACAGUACCAGUCAAAAGUUUGGACACACCUACUCAUUCAAGGGUUUUGCUUUAUUUUUUACUAUUUUUUACAUUGUAGAAUAAUAGUGAAGACAUCAAAACUAUGAAAUAACACAUAUGGAAUCAUGUAGUAACCAAAUAGCCACCCUUUGCCUUGAUGACAACUUUUCACACACUUGGCAUUCUCUCAACCAGCUUCAUGAGGUAAUAACCUGGAAUGUAUUUCAAUUAACAGGUGUGCCUUCUUAAAAGUUAAUUUUAAUGCGUUUGAGCCAAUCAGUUGUGUUGUGACAAGGUAGGGGGGGGUAUACAGAAGAUAGCCCUAUUUGGUAAAAGACCAAGUCCAUAUUAUGGCAAGAACAGCUCAAAUAAGCAAAGAGAAACGACAGUCUAUCAUUUCUUUAAGACAUGAAGGUCAGUCAGUUUCUUCAAGUGCAGUCGUAAAAACCAUCAAGCGCUAUGAUGAAACUGGCUCUCACGAGGACCGCCACAGGAAUGGAAGACCCAGAGUUACCUCUGCUGCAGAGGAUAAGUUCAUUAGAGUUACCAGCCUCAGAAAUUGCAACCCAAAUAAAUGCUUCUCAGAAUUCAAGUAACAGACACAUCUCAACAUCAACUGUUCAAAGGGGACUGUGUGAACCAGGCCUUCAUGGUCAAAUUGCUGCAAAGAAACCACUACUAAAGGACACCAAUAAGAAGAAGAGACCUGCUUGUGCCUAGAAACACGAGCAAUGGACAUUAGACCGUGGAAAUUUGUCCUUUGGUCUGGAGUCCAAAUUUGAGAUUUUUGGUUCAAACCGCCUUGUCUUUGUGAGACGCGGUGUGGGUGAACGGAUGAUCUCCGCAUGUGUAGUUCCCAACGUAAAGCAUGGAGGAGAAGGUGUUAUGGUGUGGGGGUGCUUUGCUGGUGACACUGUCUGUGAUUUAUUUAUAAUUCAAGGCACACUUAACCAGCAUGGCUACCACAGCAUUAUGCAGCGAUACGCCAUCCCAUCUGGUUUGGGCUUAGUGGGACUAUAAUUUGUUUUUCAACAGGACAAUGACCCAACACACCUCCAGGCUUUGUAAGGGCCAUUUUACCAAGAAGGAGAGUGAUGGAGUGCUGCAUCAGAUGACCUGGCCUCCACAAUCCCCCGACCUCAACACAAUUGAGAUGGUUUGGGAUGAGUCGGACGGCAGAGUGAAGGAAAAGCAGCCAACAAGUGCUCAGCAUAUGUGGUAACUCCUUCAAGACUGUUGGAAAAGCAUUCCAGGUGAAGCUGGUUGAGAGAAUGCCAAGAGAGUGCAAAGCUGUCAUCAAGGCAAAGGGUAGCUAUUUGAAGAAUGUCAAAUAUAAAAUAUAUUUAGAUUUGGUUACUACAUGAUCCCAUAUGUGUUAUAUCAUAGUUUUGAUAUCUUUACUAUUAUUCUACAAUGUAAAAAUAAAGAAAAAUAAAGAAAACCCUUGAAUGAGUAGGUGUAUAUAUUUUGUGGGGGCACGUGCCCCUGUACCCCCUAUGGGCAUGACGCCUCUGGUAAUAGUGUUUUGGGUUAUAGGCCUUUACUUGACCAGACUGUCUGAACUUUGAACCUCUUUCAUUGGCCAGCUACAAUAAGGACACACACACACAGGCCUUGUGUGGUGAUAGGUUCAGUACACAUCACUGCAUUAUUUUCCAGAAAGUAGGCUGGCCCUCUUUGAAGUCACAUAGGUCGAUUUAUCAAUGUCUUUUUAUCUAUAAAUCUCUCUUACAAAAACUCCCGCUGUGCCUAACAUCAUUAUUCAUCUUUAAACAUAUGAGUUAGUUACCAUACCCGAUCUCAGGGAUGGCUAACCCUGAAAAUCCCUUCGGUCUCCUCAGAGUUAGGUAAAACUGCUUUUAGUUUCUUUGCACCCCAUGUAUAGAACAAUCUACAGAGUUCCAUACAACUGGAUGUUCUGGUGCCUCUUGGCAGUUCAACAUGUUGAUUGGAGACCUCCUUGCUGAGGAAUGUGGUUGUUUUUCUUGAAUAUUUGUGUUUUCUUUUACAUUGUGUGUUAUUUUAUUUUUUGUGUAUAUAAAUUGUGUAUAUGCAGGGCUCCUGGCGACUCCCUUAAAUUAAAUAAGUAAUGAAAAUUGUCCCAGUGGUCACUGGCCUUGUGCUAAAGUGGUCAACGACAGUUAGGAUCUGAUGAAAUAGAGAGUGGGGAGUGGCUGAGAGUCAUCAACAUGCCUUAACCUGUCUCUACCUAACCUUCCUCUAGCCUGAACUACCAGUCCAAACAGCUACCUAGCUUAUUAGUAAUACUGUAGAAGAGGACACACACUGAUCACACUGAGACCUGCAGUACCAGUCCCCACACCCUAUACAGUAUAUCUGGAUGGCUGGUUCUAUGUUUAUACAUCCCAUCACAGUGUGCAGAUAUUAAACUGAGCGUGUGUGUGUGUGUUCCAGGGUGAUGCGGCCCAAGCUCUAGGUGUCUGUCACAGUGUCCAUAUGUUGAACUCUGUGGUGUCUCGGUUGGAGGUGAUAGAGCCAUGGUCUAGUCCUACUGUACGUGUCACUGACUCCACCUUGGGGGGCGUGCCCGCACGAGUGUUCCAGCCAGUUGGAGGAGGAGCCAAGCUCAGGAGGGGAGUGCUCUACUUCCAUGGCGGGGGAUGGGCCCUUGGCAGCGGACGUAAGUGUGUGUGUGCUAGAGUUUCUUUUUAAACUUUCCAUAUGUGUUUAUGCACAACAUUUUCUGCAUUUGUAUGUGUGUGUAGGAAUGAGAUCUUAUGACCUGCUGUGUAGGAGGAUGGCUGAAGAGCUGGAUACAGUCAUUGUGUCGGUUGAGUGAGUAUCAGAACCACUAAUACUUAAAAAAAACAAAAAAACUACAUAAAUCAUAUGGGAACCGAACUGGCAACCGGAAGGUCUGCCAUUGUUCCCCUGAGCAAGGCACUUAUACUAAAUUAACUUAUGGUGUGUUAAUUGUUGUUACCAUAGUUACCGCUUGGCCCCGGAGGCAGUGUUUCCAGACCAGUACCAUGAUGCUCUAGCAGCGUCCAGAGCCUUCCUGUCCCCAGAGGUCCUGCAGCGCUACAGGGUCGACCCAGCCAGGGUGGGGGUGUCUGGAGACAGCUCUGGGGGGAACCUCGCUGCAGCCGUGGCCCAGCGGGUACACGUACACCCAUGCGCACACACACAUGCGCACACACACAUGCGCACACACACACACAUUAACAGUCACACACUAUCACAUUCUUUUUCUGGCCAUAGAUCUCUGCAGAUGACAGUAUGAGUGUGAAGUUCAGUAUCCAGGCGUUGAUCUACCCAGUCCUCCAGGCUCUAGACCUCAACACCCCGUCCUACCAACAGAACCACAACGUACCCAUCCUGCACCGACACCUCAUGGCCAGGUACAGUGCACACGCACAUGCACACACGCACACACGCACGCACACAUGCACACACACACACACACACACACACACACACACACACACCUGUUUCUAACCUUCCUCUCUCUCUCUAGGUUCUGGCUAAUGUACCUGGGGGCUGAUCCCUCUCUCCUCCCUCAUCUCCUCUCCUCCCCUUCCUCCCUCCUCCAUCCCUCCAUCCCUCCAUCCAUCCGUUCUCAUCUCAACUGGACCGCGCUGCUCGCGGCCAAACACCAAAAGCACUACCGGCCCGUUGGCAUGGAGACUGGGUCGCGGGAGGUCACGGGGGAAGUGCCGGGGUUGGUGGAUGUUCGAGCGGCGCCGUUGCUUGCAGAACAGGGGGUUCUAGGUAGAACGCCGCGAGCAUACGUGAUGACGUGUGAGUUCGACGUUCUGAGGGACGAUGGGUUGAUGUACGCCAGGAGACUACAGGACGCGGGCGUCACGGUUACCAGUGUUCACUAUGACGACGGUUUCCACGGCUGCAUGGUCUUCUCCUUCUGGCCGUUUUGGUCCUCCGUUGGCCAGAGGAGUCUGGACAACUACAUCCAGUGGCUAGACCACAACCUCUAG